AUGGCCUCGCGAUCCACUUCAUCCAAAUUAAACCCUGUUCAUUUGAAUGGCCGAACUCUGGAAGGAGGGGGGCAGCUGGUUCGCAUUGCCAUCGGACUGUCUGCAUUGACUGGUCAUCCCGUUAGUAUUGAUCAUGUUCGCGGGAACAGAGAGGGAAAGAAGGGGCUCAAGAGAUCUCACGCAGCAGCAGUGAAGCUGUUGGCCGAGAUUAGCGGCAGCAAAGUAUCGGGAGGCGAGAUUGGCUCACAGUCCUUGAACUUUGUUCCGCAGUCUACCAGAUCGAAAAGUGGGCCUCUCCUAAACUUGUCGCAUGUCAACUUAAAGUCCGAAUACGAUAUCAAGCUCACGACUGCCGGUGCCAUUUUUCUCGUCUUCCAGGCCCUCUACCCGUAUCUGCUUUAUGUUGGAUCACAGGCAACUGCUCCCUUUGUGAAAGUGAGCAUAACUGGUGGGACCAACGCGACUUUUUCUCCAUCAUAUGACUAUGCAGCGCAAGUUAUCGUGCCCAAUUUCGCCAAACUUGGCCUUCCUCCCCUGUCCAUUAUUCUUCACAAGCGCGGGUGGACAACGGGACCGAUUGACCUUGGAGCAAUCACUUUUCUUAUUCAUACACUUGGAUCUCGACAUAACCCAGAUGGCGAAAAUAAACCUGAGAAGUCACUAGAAAAAGACCAGAUGGCCGAGCCUCUAUGCAGGUUCCCGCAGAUUAAUUUGAUGGAUCACAAACGCGGCAAAGUCACGCAAAUUGAUAUCACAGUGCUAGCACCGGAUCAACCCACCCUGAAUAUCAACACAGAAGAGGGCCCGGGGAGUACUGUGCGCCGGUUUAUCGAACAAUUCGCUCAACGCACCCUCCGGCGCGAAACGAGGAAGCUGGACCCGUCUAUAUUUGCUAAACGCUCUGAUUUGCCUCAACCUGAAGAGGACUCUCUCAGAGAAUCUUCAGCCAAAGAUACACCAGUGCCCAUCACAAUGCACACAUCAGAAGCUACAAAUCAUCGCAGCCAUGUGUACAUCCUUCUUGUUGCGCAUACUUCCUCGGGGUUCAGAAUAGGCCACGAUAUCCUCGGUAGCAUGGGAGGCGAUCCCCUAAUAAAGCCAAAGAACAAAGGGAAACAAAAACAACAGCCAGGCCGUGAUCCUCGGCGUGAUUCUCAAAACAAGAUAGCAUUUUCUGCGGCUGCAGAUCUAGUCUGCCGAUGUGUGCAAGGAUUCAUCGGGGAAAUCUCAAAUGAGAGCCCAAAUGCCAACCCAAACCAGAUAUCUGCUUCCACCGUUAAAAGAGCUUGUCUAGAUAGCUAUAUGAGAGACCAGGUUGUUGUUUUCGAGGCACUUGGAAAGGCCUGUCACGCAAGUGAGCAUGGCACCGAGGCAACCGACCCUGACACAUUGGAAGACGAGCGGGACUGGACACUCCACACGAAGACCGCACAAUGGGUGUGCCGGCAGAUUUUGGAUAUGUAG